AUGCUAGCCAGUCAUCUUGAUAACGGCCGGGGAAUGAAGAAGGAGGAGCGGAUGUUGAAGGCCGGAGCGCCGGUCGAAUCGCCACGUGCAGUAGGAACACACCCAUCCACAUUCUAUCCGCGAAUUUUUAUGCACUCAGAGCUCUCUGACGUUAUCACCAACGCGUCCACCAAAUCCGUCGCGCCCGAAUCGCCCGCUCCCUCCCAGCAUGGCCUCGACUCUGCAGAUCGCUUGCCCCCGCUCCGCUCUGGGAGUGCGGUGGGAGCAGACAUCGGCGCACCAGACGCGACGGGCGACGCGCUCCCUGGUGCCCAUGCGCGCGCCGACCUCGAUGCCAACGAAAACGCUCGAUUGAAGAAGCCCAGCCCGCCGCCACGCAAUCGCAUCGCCGAGUAUGAGAAUGCGCUGUCGCCCUCGCCGCAGAGGAAGCCAGAGGGCCCUAUAUUCGAGGUCAUCAAGAAGAGCCGCAAGGCUGGAGACAGAAGUUCGCCUGUGGCGAAGCUGCCAAAUGAAAUUCUGACUCAUGCCCUAUCCCACCUGCCACCGAACGACCUCUCCGCAGUCGCACUGGUGUCACGCCGCUUCCAUUCACUCGUCACUACACCUCAUGCUUGGAGAGUCGCAUUUGCGCGCUACUUUCCUGGCCCUGACUCAAUCACCAUAGGUGCAGACUACGUGGCUGAGGAUGGUGACCAAGAAACCUUGCGCUCCGACAGAAGAGCCUUUGCUAGACUUACGGCGCUUGCAUCAUGGAGGAGCGAGUACAUUCUGCGCACUCGACUCUUGCGGUCGCUUGGCCGGGGAAAGCCUAUGGCACUGCCAACGCAAUCGGCAAACUCGCGCUCAAGCACUAACCAGACUCCCCAAGCCAUCAUUAUGUACAAUUCACAGCUCUUCACGACUGUCAACCACUUGCAUGCAACCUUUGGCAGUGGAUUCAACAAGCGUCUCCCACUGUUCAUUCAUGGAGCCAACGAUAUUGGCAUGGCGUCUACCAGCGAUCCAAGUGCCGGAAAGCCGGAUGGAUGGGGCCUUUCGGACCCCCAGUUCUUCCUCCAAUUCUUCGAACGCUUCCCUGGAGAAGCCCAAUGGGGCCUCGGAUCGGGCAAUCUGGUUGGCAACCCCAAUGUUCUCGACGUGAGCCAACCUUACGGUAUGGUGCAUGGCGAAGGUUCUCCUGGCGGGAGCAUCUAUUAUCGUUCCACCGAGGAAAUGCGCGGCCGUUUCUUGGCUCUGCCCAUGGAGCUUAGCUCACCAGAGCUUGGUAUUCCCCGGCUGCUUGUGUCAACCGAGGCCAUUUCGUCCGUGUGGAUCGCGAAAUCUGCUUCAGUCCCUACUCUCUCAGAAGGGUUGGUUGGCAUGUUGUGCGGCUCAUCAUCAGGCGUCGUUUCAGCCUACAGUCUCGGUACUAAUGGCCUGCAGGACUCGCGCCUGGGCCGUGGUGAGCUCACGGCACGCUGGGUCCUUAGUCCCGGUGUUCCCAUCAUUGCUUUAGCAGUGGACGAUGCUUACUCUCCUCGACGACAAGGGCAGGAACGUAUCUGGUGUAUCGCCCUGAACGCUCUUGGUGAACUGUUCCAUUUGACCAAGUUUCCGAAACGGCCCACUGUCCCUAAAGGCACACGUGUCGAUGAGCCCAUCCUAGAGCGGCUUGCAUGGGCAACUGGACGUACUGUCUACUGGAACAUCGUGGAGCCUAGCAGACGUAUUGCGCGUCCGGAUCCUUAUCGCGAGAGGACGGUAGAUGGAAGCUACUCUCCUCGUUCCUCGUGGAAUGGGAUGUGCCUGACCGAGGAGCAAAUCAAGGCUGAGACCCUGGAGAUCAAUGCUUUCUUGAGGAUGAAGCCGAUUGACUUCCGUACGAUGUGCCUUGGUUGGGACAUGAGACGGAGGAUGGAAGUUGAUUUCGCUGGGGACGAUAGCAACAGCGCUGGCGAAGCUCUUGUCGUGUUCGACUGCGGCCUGGAAGAAGACUCAUUGGCUUCUGCAAAACGGUUCACGCGUCUCAAGGUUCCUACGCAAUCAGAGAGCAAGCCAAUGCCUAGGGAGGUUGCCGAUAUUGUCAACGCUACUCAGCCAUCUCUCUUUGGUGGCACUGAUGCUCCAUCUCGGCCACCUUCUACAACACGUCCACGUCAGUCAUCGGUUCUCUCCUCCAGUGCUGUAUCGCCUGAGAGCCAAGACCUAGUGGAAGAGUGGAGGUGCUCCCUGCUUUCGUUCAAUGGCGCGAAAUCCGUCGAGGUGACUACAACAACCUUGGAUGCGUCCAUGUAUGCGACCAUGACCCUGUCUGAGGAUCCUAUAUUCGGUUUCUCUGGCUCGUCCACAGCAUCUUCUCCCUAUUCAUCGCCGUUCUCGGACCAGAGCCAACCCGCAAACCCCGCAGAUGUCCCUGGCCAAAGGGCCAGAUUCGUUGCCGCUGGAACAGAUACUGGGAGUAUCUUUGUGUGGGAUAUGCGUACCGCGGUUGCGAAAUCCACGGAUCUGGUCAACACUAUCGAGCCCGUGCGAAUCAUUUACACGGACUCGCCCCAGAUUUCGUGCCUUGCAAUGAGCGGAUUGUACCUCGUCCACGGUGGCAACGACGGCUUGGUGCAGGCAUGGGACCCUCUGGCAUCCAGCAUGCAACCCAUCCGGACUCUCAACUCUAGAUUCUCGUCCCGUGCCCGUCGCAGGUUGGUCCAGGCGCAAGCUUCUCCGCAAGGGGUGGGAAUCAACCUGUUCGCUGCGGGAGCCAUAUGUCUGGAUCCUGAUCCGACAGUCCUCCGUGGCAUGGUAUCUCUCGGUACCCAUCUACGCUAUUGGAGUUACAGCUCUAGUGCAGCGGACCAGUACAAGAGCAACAAGCGGCGCGUGCGACGUUCAGAACGAGGGAGCAACAAUGGUGGCAGCGGACCAGGCUUCUCUGCUUCAGGGCGAUCGAAGAUCAACGCCUUCAUUUCCGCCGAGAAGCACGAGAUGGAAAGGGAAAAAAUCAAUCGCCAACGUGAAGCUGAUCGUCUUGCCGGUCGUUUCGGUGUCGAUCUCCUCGACGAUGAAGAGCAGGCUUUGGCGUAUGCAACCAUGCUGUCUCAAGAGGCGCUUGCAACCGAGGCCGAGAAAAAUAAGCAGAGCGAAGCCAGCUCCGUCAUCAGCGACACGCCUACCAUUCCUGCGACCAUGACGCCGUCGAGUAGCCCGCCAGUCAAGAAUGAAGAGGAGCUCGACGCAGACCUUGCUGAAGCCAUUCGUUUGAGCUUGCAAGAGAAUGAGGGAUCGACUCCGGCCUUUGGAGAGCUUCCCGCAGCUCCAAUUGACAACGGGUUUGACAUUCCCAUCAGGUAUGCUAAAGGCCGCAAAGCGUCGCCACCAGCCUCUUCGUCUCAUCAGACGUCAUGGGCUGAACCGAACGAGGCGGGUGGUGCGGGAUCGAGCAAGGAAAAGGAGAUGGACGAUUUGGAAUAUGCGAUACAGUUGAGUCUGGCCGAGGAGAGGAGCAGAGCUGAACAAUUCGGAGAGGAUGAAAACGGCAACGCCGACUCGGAGGCCGAUGAAUUCCCUGCGCUGGCUCCAGUUCCAGGUGCAAAGGGUAAGCGUAGAGCCUGGUGA